AGAGAGAUGGCGGGAGGGAGGAGUGCUGAUAAGAAGGGCGAAGGGCGAAGGGCGAAGGGCGGUUCGCCAGAGAAAGAGAGAGACACAGUUGGAACAAUUUUGGUUUGGACUGGAGUGCCAAACAGGAGACAAUUCUUCUUCUUCUUCGUCUUCUUCUUCCGUUCUUGUCGCAAAGCCUUCUUUUUUUUUUCCUACCACUUUCUGUCAUCGGUUUUUCGUUUUGUGGAAGUUUGGGUUCUUUUCUGAAGGGCAAUCGUCUAAGAGUGGGAGCUUUUGUUGGUAUUUGUUGGUGCCUUGGGUUCAGGUAAGAGUUGCUCCUGCUACUGCUACCAAGCAUAUGAGAUGAUAUUGGAGCGACAUGGAGUUGGUUUUAGGAUCAAACUGACUGGCCUUCGAACGUUGGGCGGAGAGAAAUUUUCCUUUACUGCGUCAAUAACAAGAUGGUUCGCCACAAGAUUUUGAAGAUGAUUCCGGCUAUUCAAUUUCCUUUUAUGAUCCCCCGGAUUAAUAAUAAUUGAACGCAGAGAGAAAAUUUUCCACCAUGGUAUUGUUUUCUUGCCGGUUUUGUUAAAGAAAUCAUAUGUUUCCUCCUCUGCAUCCUCACAGAUUUUGUGGGUGUGUGUGUGUGUUUGUGUGUGUUGCCGUCUCUGGUAUCUUUAUGGUUGAGCAUUUCAGAGAAUUCUGUUUGAACUUUUUACCACUUUUUCCGGAUUAUACCGCAUGAAUUGUGUGAAAAUCAGUUUUCCUUUUUCCUUUUUGUUUGACGAAUCGCGCGAACUUAGGAUCUGGUUUGGGGUUUCUAACGGGGAAUUAGGAUUUCCGAGGAGAGUGUGGAUCCGAGAUUAGGGAUUCUCUAUAAUGGGCUGCGGACAAUCGAAGCUGGAGGAGACAGACCUGGUGAGGCUCUGCAGGGAACGGAGGCAGUUCAUUCUCUCCGCAGUCGACGAGCGGUACGCUCUCGCCGCAGCGCAUUCCGCCUACAUUCAGUGUCUGGUGAGAGUUGGCGAGUUGGUGCACCUGUUCGUGAACGAGAGGUUCGUUCCUGUCGACCCGAGCUCGUCGCCCGUCCUGACGAUUCCCGACGACGGUAAGAAGGUGUCGCGCAAGAGCUGCUCGGCUUCGACCUCGCUUUCUCACUCGUUGUCGCACCGUUCCUCUCAGGCGUCUCACCUGAAUUUCAAUUCGGACGAGUCGGAUGCUGAGACGGAUUCACUUCUGCAUAGUCCCGUGGUUGUCUCCGACCACCGGAGCUCGCCCGUUCAUGAAUCCCCGGCUCGAAGCCUUCAGGCUACGGUGAACCACAUGAAGUCAAGUGCGAUCCCUUCCGUGGUCUUUGUGGAGCAAAUGCCUCCGUAUGAUCCGGAGACGGUGAUGUGGGGAGGCUCCGACUGGGCUUUCUCAGAGCCGGCGAAAGAUCCGGCGGUGCAAUCACCAUCCCUGAAGCCGCAGCCCCCUCCUUCGCCUCCGAAAACCUCUCACUGGGAUUUCUUCAAUCCAUUCACAGGGUACGAGAACAUGUACGAGUACUACGCUGGAAACCAAAAUUCAAAUGGCAGUAGCCCCGACUUGAGUGAGGUGAGAUUGAAGGAAGGGAUUCCUGAUUUGGAAGACGAAUUGGAGGUCGGAGACGUAAAAGAAGUGGCCAAAGACCAAAAGCCAGGUGUGGUCACAAAGAAGGAACUGAGUGGUAAUAAGGGCUCGGAAAGUGGGCAUAUUUUGAUGGUUGAAGAGGAUGAUGAAAGCGAUCACAGUCACCAUCUUCUGGCGGAGAAAGAAGACGCUGUUCCUCCGGCGGCUGGCGGGGAACUGAAAACUGCUGCAGCUUCUGCGAAUCAUCAGAGAGGAGUGAGUUUAACUGAAGCGGCUUUGGAAGGGGAUGGUGAGUCGACGAAGGUAAUUGUCAUGUCAACGACACAGUGCACAAAGGGUAUAUUGGAUGCCAUUGCUGAAAUUAAGGCUCAGUUCAUGGAUGCUUCUCAGUCGGCCUCAGAGGUUUCAGUGAUACUUGAGGUGGGAAAGCUGCCUUAUCGUCCGAAAAACAUUAUUGUUAAAGCCAAGACGCCACAGUUCUCCUUCAACCUACUAAGCAACUCUCCUUCCGACGUCGUUGAUUCUGGUGAAGAUUUUCCGAUGAAGUCCGACAAGCUUUCAGCAGUUCUAGAAGAGAUAUGCACAUGGGAGAAUAAACUAUACAGAGAAGUUAAGGUCGAAGAGAAAAUGCGACUUAAUUAUGAGAACAAUCUCAAGCGAUUGAGACAUCUGGAGAGUAAAGGUGCAGAACCUCAAAAGCUUUUUGCUAUUCAGGCAACAAUACGGAAACAUCUCACGAGGAUUAGCAUCAGCAUGAAAGCCAUUGAUUCCACAUCGGCAAAGCUUCAUAAGCUUAGAGACUACGAGCUGCAAGACCAACUUACUAGACUGAUUGAAGGGAUGACAAAAAUGUGGAAAGCCAUGUUACUCUCUCAUCAAAAGCAACUACAAGCUAUUUCAGAAGGCAAAACGAGCAGCAUCAUGUGGAGAAGUAUGUCAAGGGACGCAAUUAUGAAAGGAAUAAUGGAGUUGGAAAAAGAAGCUUCACACUGGUGUUCCAGUUUCAUCGACUGGAUGAAUGCUCAGAGAGUAUAUAUCGAGUCCCUGAACAAUUGGUUAUUGAGAUGCAUGCAUCAGGAACAGGAAGUGACAGCAGAUGGAAUUGUGCCCUUCUCUCCAGGCAGAAUGGGAGCACCACCAGUGUUUGUCAUCUGCAACGAUUGGUAUCACAUGACUAAAGGCAUUUCAGUGGACCAAGUUGUAGCAGCUAUGCAUGCAUUUGCAGAAAACAUGCAUAAACUAUUGGAACAGCUGGGGGAGGAGCAACGCCAGAGUAUGAAGACCGACUUUCUCUCAAGUGACCUAAAAAAAAGACAGAGAUUAUUGCAGGAGGAGGAGAACAAGAUGCAGGGGAGCAAUGGUGUAACAGAUAAGCUGGCUAUUUCGGUAAAGAAAAAUAAUAGAAUUCCCUUGGCUGAUAGGAAGAUGGCCCUUGAUGCAAUGAUGAAGAGAUUGGAGGAACAGAAACUAAAGCACGUAGAGGUGGCGAAGGAAAUUCAGGACGGCAUCUUGGAUACCUUAAGGACGGGCUUAUCUCAGAUCUUUGAGGCUAUGAGAGAUUUGGCUUCCUCAAUCGUCAAGGGCUACGAGGAGAUCAGAAUUCCAAAAGUAGGUCAGUAGGUCUUAAAGUGUUCGGCCAAGUCAGUCAUGUAGACGAGAUCACAGGAGCUCGGUUGCUGCAGAAUUUGAUGACAGCCCUUCUUUGAGAAUGACACAGCAGGGAGGAGAUGGAUUUAGGGCACACCCUUUUUUAAACGACUGAGCCAGUUUGAGCUUGGGAUGCAGGUUACGUGGUUCAGGUUUUCUGUUCUUGACAUACAGGAUAUACGCUCAGCCUACGCAAUAAAUAGCAGUACUUAAUUCUUUCAUUAAAUUAUUCUUCGUCUUCUCAGUUAGGUCACCAACGCUGGUUGGUUGAAAAAUACCUGACAUAAAAAAUGUACAACCAGAAUUUUGAUACAAUAGGCUGUACAUUCUAGCAUCUACCAUGACCGCCAAUGUUCGCCUGGCCCUGUAUCACAUCCUGCAGUCGUGUAGCUACAUAUUCUUCAACUUUUACUUUUACUAAUAAUUUCAAUACAAAA